GACGACUCUCGACCUUCGACGCAGAUACUCCCAAGACAACCCCGCCGUCUACAUACUCAUCAGUCACCAUGGAGAACGAACGCGGCGAGCUCGUUGACCUUUACGUCCCCCGCAAAUGCUCCGCUACCGGACGCAUCAUCAAGGCCAAGGACCACGCCUCUGUCCAGCUCAGCGUCGGCAAGGUCGAUGAGAGCGGCCGCUACACCGGCGAGAACCAGGUCUACGCCCUCUGCGGCUUCGUACGCGCCAUGGGCGAGAGCGACGACAGCUUCAACAGGCUCACACAGAAGGACGGCUUCCUCAAGUCGGUCUGGAGCGCGUCCCGGUAAAGGGCUGGAUGGAGAUGGAGUUGAGGAAUUCGGAAUCUGAACUGCCUCUUUGAAGGCGCAGGCAUGCAUUUCACGGCGACUUAGGCCUUCCUUUCCUUUCUCACCAGGACUACAACGGUAUCAUGAGGAAU